AUGGCGUACCGCUGUGCAGACCCCCUGUUCGACCUGACUCUACACAAAAUGGAGUGCAACAAAGGCGAUUUUUCGUCUUUGUACGAAAUAACGCACGUAAACGGCCAAAUCAUAGCCACCUUCAAGCACGUAAACCGCCCGAAACGGGGCACGGAAAUCUACUUGCGGAAAAUACCUACUGACGCGCUGCUUCAGGAAAUUCUCGAUUUUGCAAUACAAGCCGGCGAUGUCUACCAGAUCAGAUUGUUGAUGGAAUUUAGCGGAUACAAUAGAGGAUAUUGUUUCGUCAGUUAUUUCGACGUUCAGAGCUCCAGAAAGGCAACUUUGACUCUCAAUGGCUCGAGAAUUAGGGACUCCCAAGUCAUUGUGAAAUUAUCAUUCGAUAAUAAUCGAUUGGAACUGCAGAAUGUUCCCAGGGGUGUGACCCCACAGCAAGUUUAUCAGGAUGUAGUGAAAAUCGUCGGGAAAGGACUGAAAGAUGUCGUAUUUUGCAGGCAAUCUGAGGAAAAUACUAAGGGCAUCAAGUGUCUGUUGAGAUAUGACACGCACAGGAAUGCUUUAGAGGCCAGGAAACACAUUUUCCCGACUUUCCGGCUGUAUGAGAAAAGUAUAAAAGUGGAUUGGGCAAUACCCACUGAUAUCAUGAAGUCAAAACGCUUGUAUUUUGAAAAUUGUCCUCUUGGCACCACAAAAUUGGAGCUGUAUGAAGAACUGAUCAGAUAUGUGAAUCCUGUGCACAUGCUAAAUUUGUUUUUGCAAGACUGUAAUGGCCAAGGGGUGGGCUAUGUGCUAUUUAUCAAUGAAGGAGUUUCCUUUGAAGCAUUCAACAACCUGAGAGUCAACAAAAUAUGUGGAAGAUUCUUGAAAUUAUCCUAUAUGAAGUUUUACAGCCAUUUGAUCCUAGAUGAUUCUCUGAAUGAUGCCUCUGUGUAUGAUUCCACAGAACAAGAUUUUUCUACAAAUGAAAGGAGUUCCAAUAGCUCCAAACAUAGUGAAACUAAUAAGGAUUGCUCUGAUGAAGCUUCAGCUUGUGGAUAUCCUAUGUCUUAUCAAAAUGCCGUGUUAAAUCCCUACAUGCAACAACCCUACAUGGUAGUAUCUGCAGCACAGCCUAUGCCUGUAGGACCACCACAGGCAGUACCUAUGAGUGUCCCUUUGACUUCAGCACCUUCAUAUGCACUGCCAGCAACUGUUACUAAGUCUGCUCCUGUUCCAGAAUAUUUUUAUCCCUAUUCGUGUGCUCCGCCAGUCGCUAAUUUUCCAGUGUUUCCUCCAACAACAAGAAGUGGUUACAAUACUACUAACCCAAUUCCCAUGCCGAGAAUGCCAUGUCAAAGUUAUGUUGAAGAUGCGAUCAGAAUCGGUGGUCUGCCUAUGGUACAACCAGUACCACAAGACUGGUUGUUCCCCAGAUACAGGCAGAAUCAAAAUCAACUGCAGUUGAUAAAUUUCAAUCCGAUUAUCAACAAUGUCCCCUAUGAUCUUCAAGUCUUGCAAAUGACCGAAGAACAAUUCAGAGACUUGCGAGGAGAAAAUUAUCAGUAA